AUUCACUGACACAACAUCUCUUGUAGCCUACAGAGGACCCUGCUAACCGUGGCUCCUGAAGAAGUGCAACCAUGGCAACUCCAGAUGCUGACAUGGCCGCCUUUGGCGAGGCGGCUCCUUACCUUCGAAAGUCAGAGAAGGAGAGAAUUGAGGCCCAGAACAAACCUUUUGAUGCAAAGACAUCUGUCUUUGUGGUACAUGCAAAGGAGUCCUAUGUGAAAGGGAAAAUUGAGAGUAAGGAUGCAGGGAAGGUCACUGUCAAGACUGAAGGUGGAGAGACCCUCACCGUGAAGGAAGAUCAAAUCUUCUCCAUGAACCCCCCCAAGUAUGACAAAAUCGAGGACAUGGCCAUGAUGACCCACCUCCACGAACCCGCUGUGCUGUACAACCUCAAAGAGCGUUACGCAGCCUGGAUGAUCUACACCUACUCGGGUCUCUUCUGCGUCACUGUCAACCCCUACAAGUGGCUGCCGGUGUACAACCCCGAGGUGGUGUUGGCCUACCGAGGCAAGAAGCGCCAGGAGGCCCCUCCACACAUCUUCUCCAUCUCUGACAACGCCUAUCAGUUCAUGCUGACUGAUCGGGAGAACCAGUCCAUCCUGAUCACCGGAGAAUCCGGGGCCGGGAAGACUGUGAACACAAAGCGUGUCAUCCAGUACUUUGCAACAAUUGCAGCCAGUGGGGACAAGAAGAAGGAGGAGCAGACCUCAGGCAAAAUGCAGGGGACACUUGAGGAUCAAAUCAUCAGUGCCAACCCACUGCUGGAGGCCUUUGGAAACGCCAAGACUGUGAGGAAUGACAACUCCUCACGCUUUGGCAAAUUCAUCAGAAUCCACUUUGGGGCCACAGGCAAACUGGCUUCUGCUGACAUUGAAACUUACCUGCUGGAGAAGUCCAGAGUCACUUUCCAGCUCAAGGCGGAAAGGAGCUACCACAUCUUUUAUCAGAUCAUGUCCAACAAGAAGCCAGAGCUAAUCGACAUGCUCCUCAUUACCACCAACCCUUAUGAUUUCCACUAUGUGAGUCAAGGCGAGGUCACAGUCCCCAGCAUUGACGACCAGGAAGAGCUCAUGGCCACAGAUAGUGCCAUUGACAUCCUGGGCUUCACUGCAGAUGAGAAAUCAGCCAUCUACAAGUUGACAGGGGCUGUCAUGCACUACGGGAACCUGAAGUUCAAGCAGAAACAACGAGAGGAGCAGGCAGAGCCUGAUGGCACAGAAGUGGCUGACAAGGCUGCCUACCUAACGGGCUUAAACUCAGCUGAAUUUCUCAAGGCCUUGUGUUACCCCCGAGUCAAGGUUGGGAAUGAAUACGUGACCAAAGGUCAAAACGUGACACAGGUGAACAAUUCAGUGGGUGCCCUGGCAAAGGCAAUGUUUGAGAAGAUGUUCCUGUGGAUGGUUGUUCGCAUCAACCAACAGCUGGACACGAAGCAGCCCAGGCAGUACUUCAUUGGUGUCCUGGACAUUGCUGGCUUUGAGAUCUUUGAUUUCAACAGCUUUGAGCAGCUGUGCAUCAACUUCACCAAUGAGAAACUGCAACAGUUCUUCAACCACCACAUGUUCGUGCUGGAGCAGGAAGAGUACAAGAAGGAGGGGAUUGAAUGGGAGUUCAUUGACUUUGGCAUGGACCUGGCUGCCUGCAUUGAGCUCAUUGAGAAGCCCAUGGGCAUCUUCUCCAUCCUGGAAGAGGAGUGCAUGUUCCCCAAGGCAACUGACACCUCUUUCAAGAACAAGCUCUAUGACCAGCACCUGGGCAAGUCCAACAACUUCCAGAAGCCCAAGCCUGCCAAAGGCAAGGCUGAGGCUCACUUCUCCCUGGUGCACUAUGCUGGCACAGUGGACUAUAACAUCACUGGCUGGCUGGAGAAGAACAAGGACCCUCUGAAUGAAACUGUCAUUGGGCUGUACCAGAAAUCGUCUGUGAAGACCCUGGCUUUACUCUUCGCCAGCUAUGGUGGAGGAGAUGCUGAUGCUGGUGGUGGUGGCAAGAAGGGAGGCAAGAAGAAGGGUUCUUCCUUCCAGACUGUCUCAGCUCUUUUCAGGGAGAAUUUAAACAAGCUGAUGGCUAACUUGAGAAGCACUCACCCUCACUUUGUACGGUGCAUCAUCCCAAAUGAAACUAAGACACCUGGUGCCAUGGAGCACGAGCUGGUGCUGCACCAGCUGCGCUGUAACGGCGUGCUGGAAGGGAUCAGGAUUUGCAGGAAAGGCUUCCCCAGCAGAGUCCUGUAUGCUGACUUCAAACAGAGAUAUAGAGUACUUAAUGCCAGUGCUAUCCCAGAGGGACAGUUCAUGGACAACAAGAAAGCUUCAGAGAAGCUCCUUGGGUCCAUUGAUGUAGAUCAUACCCAGUACAAAUUUGGCCACACCAAGGUGUUCUUCAAAGCUGGGUUGCUGGGACUCCUGGAGGAGAUGAGAGAUGACAAGUUGGCAGAAAUCAUCACUCGCACACAAGCCAGGUGCAGGGGAUUCCUGAUGAGAGUGGAGUACAGGAGAAUGGUGGAGCGGAGGGAGUCCAUCUUCUGUAUCCAGUACAAUGUUCGUGCAUUCAUGAAUGUCAAACACUGGCCAUGGAUGAAGCUGUUCUUCAAGAUCAAGCCCUUGCUGAAGAGUGCUGAGUCUGAGAAGGAGAUGGCCAACAUGAAGGAAGAGUUUGAAAAAACCAAGGAGGAGCUUGCAAAGUCAGAAGCAAAGAGGAAGGAACUGGAGGAGAAAAUGGUGGCCCUGGUGCAGGAGAAAAAUGACCUGCAGCUCCAAGUGCAGGCUGAAGCAGAUAGCUUGGCUGAUGCUGAGGAAAGAUGUGACCAGCUCAUCAAAACCAAAAUCCAACUCGAAGCCAAAAUUAAGGAAGUGACUGAAAGGGCUGAGGAUGAAGAGGAAAUUAAUGCUGAGCUGACAGCCAAGAAGAGAAAACUGGAGGAUGAAUGUUCAGAGCUGAAGAAAGAUAUUGAUGACCUUGAGCUAACACUGGCCAAGGUGGAGAAGGAAAAACAUGCCACUGAAAACAAGGUGAAAAACCUG